CCUGGUGGUGUAGUGGUUAAGUGCGGCAGCUGUUAACCAAAGGGUCAGCAGUUCGAAUCUGCCAGACGCUCCUUGGAAACUCUAUGGGGCAGUUCUACUCUGUCCUAUAGGGUCGGAAUCGACUCGAUGUCACUGGGUUUGGUUUGUUUUUUUUGGUUUGCCUUUGUUCUAUUGGUGUGGCAUAUUCCAUUGACUGACUUUCUAAUGUUGAAAUCAUCUUGCAUUCCUGGGAUAAAUUCCACUUGAUCAUGGUAUAUAACCCUUUUCAUGUGCUUAUGGAUUCAGUUUGCUAGUAUUUUAUUGGGGAUAUUUGUUUCCAUAUUUAUCAGAGAUAUUGAUCUGUAGUUUUCUUUUCUCAUGGGGUCUUUAUCUAGUUUUGGUACCAGGGUGGUGCUAGCCUCAUAGGAUGAAUUAGGGAGAGUUCUCUCCUCAUCUAUUUUUUGGAAAUGCUGAAGAAAAAUUGUCAUCAUUUGUUCUAUAAAUGUUUGGUAGAAUUCUCCAGUGAUGCCCUCUGGUUCUGGACUUUUCUGUAUUGGGAGGCUUUUGAUAUUUCUUUGAUCUGUUCUCUCAUUAUGUGUCUGUUGGAGUCUUGUCUUUCUUCUAGAAUUAAUUAUUUUAUUCACUUUAUGAAUUUCUUUCUGUAAAUGUCUUUGAUCUUCUAACAUUCUUCAGUUAAGUGUCUCCAAAGUGGGUUUGUAUAGAAAAGAGUGAAUAGCACUGAAACCAAUGAGGAAAGAGUUCUAGGAAGAAUAGUUUUGCCACAAUUGACAAGUGUUGCUGAAAGGAGUGUAUGGUAUUAUGUGUGAAUGCUUUACUUGUGAAAUUCCUGAAUUCAAAAUAUAGACAAGAGUUGGGUGUCUGUAUUCUUGUUUCCUUUUACCAGUCUUUUUGUACUUUCCCAAAGGUGUCUCUGCAACGUGGACCCACAGAAUCUAACAAGUGUUUCUGAAUUCCUCUUGCUGGGCCUCUCACAGGAUCCAGAACUGCAGCCCCUCCUCUUUGGAAUAUUUCUGUCCAUGUACCUGGUCUCUGUGCUUGGGAACCUUCUCAUUAUCUUGGCUGUGAACUCUGACCCCCACCUUCACACCUCCAUGUACUUCUUCCUCUCCAUCCUAUCCCUGGAUGACAUGGGUUUCACCUCUGCCACAAUUCCAAAGAUGCUUAUGGAUAUCCAUACACACCACAGAAUCAUCUCCUAUGUUAACUGCCUGAUUCAGUUGUCUUUGUUUAGUUUUUUUGGAUGUAUGGACAAUCUACUUCUUAUGGUGAUGGCCUAUGAUCGGUUUGUAGCCAUCUGUCAUCCCCUUCACUACCCAGUCAUCAUGAACCCCCACCUCUGUGACUUGCUGGUUUUGGUGUCUUUUUUUUUCAGCCUUUUGCACUCUCAGCUACACUGCUUGAUGGUGUCACAAUUCACCUUCUGCACAGAAGUGGAAAUUCCUCAUUCCUUCUGUGACCCUUCUCAACUCACCAACCUUUCCUGUUCUGACGCCACCACCAAAAACAUGCUUGUGUACAUUAUUGGUGCCAUCUUUGCAGGCAUUCCAGUCUCAGUGAUCCUUUUCUCUUAUACUAGAAUUGUUUCUUCCAUUCUGAGAAUCCCAUCAUCAGGUGGGAAGUAUAAAGCUUUCUCUACCUGUGGUUCUCAUCUGUCAGUCGUUUGCUUAUUUUAUGGAACAGGCAUUGGAGCAAACCUGAGUUCAGCUGUCUCACCUUCUCUCAGGAGUGGUGCAGUGGCCUCAGUGAUGUACUCCGUGGUCACCCCCAUGUUGAACCCCUUCAUCUACAGCCUGAGGAACAGGGAUAUCAAGAGGGCCCUGCAGAGGCUCCUCAGCCAACCAGCAUAAUGUCAAUACCUGUGCCAUCAUUUUUGGUCUAUGGAUUAGAAUAGGCAGAAAACCAAACAUGUGGAACUAGAAAGUAUUCUGCUUUUGUCACAUAAUUUUUGUAGAUAUCAUUGUUUUCAUUCCUCUUGAUGUGUCGUAUCACAGUAUUUCUUAAUUGGCACAUUUU